AUGCUCCUUCUCAGGAGGAUACAGCAGCAGCAGCAGCAGCAUUUGCUGCUGCCGCUAGGAAGCUACACACUGCAGCAGCAGCUGCUGCAGCAGCAGCAGUUACUGCUGCGCCGUUACUUCCAUGGGUUACAGGGCCGCUGCUCCACUCGCCUCUCUCGUAUGAGGCAGCAGCAGCAGCAACGACAGCAGCAGCAACAGCAGCAGCAACAACAACAACAACAACAGCAACCUGGGCUUACGCAGCACCACCGCCAGCAGCAGCAGCAGCAGCAGCACCGUCGGCAGCGGCAUCACCACUACCAUCAGCAGCAGCAGCAGCAGUCGGAAGAAGAGCGUAAAGCAGUGCUGCAGCAGCUGCUGCAGCGUGUUGAUGACAGCUUCAGGGGACAUCAUGCUGCUUGGCUGCCGAUGCACCCGCAAAGAGGUGGAGGGAGAGCAGCAAAACCGCUGCUGCAGAAGCUCUGGGACCCUAACAGACCCCACAAACAGCAGCAGCAGCAGCAGCAGCAGCAGCAGCAAUGGCGACUGCCGCAGCAGCAGCAACAGAAGCAGCAGCAGCAAGGGUCGCGAGCUGCUGCUCGAGUUUUAGCAGCAGGCGGAUCCCCUGAUGCAGCAGCACCGACGCCAGCAGCAGCAGCAACAACAACAACAACAGCAGCAGCAGCAGCAGCAGUUCCUGCAGUGCGGCGGUCAGAAGAUUUCAGUACUACAGAGGCAUUAUUUUUGCUGCUGCGCUUUGUGCGCACUAAGGGAGACUGGCAGCAGCUGCUGCUGAUGCUGCAGCUGCUGAAUAACUUCGGGCGGCUCAGCAGCAGCAGCAGGAGCAGCAGCAGCUGCAGCAGCAGCACAUCGGAGAUCGCCACGCGACUUGUUGCUGCUGCUGCUCUCUGCAACCGUUAUGAAGAAGCCUGCUCCGCUGUGCUUAGCAGCAAAUAUUUUUUGUCUUCACCUCCGUCUUUGUCUCUGAUGUUUGCACUUAUUGAAGAUUUGCUGCUGCAGGGAGAUGCAGCAGCAGCAGACAAGCUCUUCGUCAACCUCAGACAGGACUGGCGGCAGCCUAUAUCUCCAUCCAGUUAUUUGCUGCUGCUCCGUGCUGCAGUGACAGCUGAAAAAACAGACAUAAAAAAAUGUAUUGCGCUUUAUGAUGAUGCCAUGGGCCUCGGCGUUGCUCUUCCUCUCGCAGCACAUUUGCUGCUGCUGGAGUUGCUGCUGACGCGUGCUGCUGCUGCUGCUGCUGCUGCUCCCGUUGCUGCUCCUGUUGCAGCUGCUGCUGCCGAGGCAACGGACGAGACCUUAACGUCUGAAGCAGCAGCAGCAGCAACAACAGCAACAGCAACAGAAGCAAAGACGCCAGAUGCCUCACCUGCAGCAGCAACUGCAGCAAGGGAAGCAGCAGCAGAGACAGCAGCUGCUGCAGCAACAGAGACAACAGCAGCAACAUCAGCAGCAACACCACCGGCUGAAUUUGCUGCAACCGAUUACCUGCGAAUGGCAGAGAGAGUUUGGGUUUGCAUGCGGGAAGAUGCUGCUGCCUUUAAUAGCUGUUCUCUCCCUCCGAAGGCGCUGCUGCUGCAGGGAUGGCUAACACUCCUUAAACGCAUGGUUUGUGGGGUGCCAAGCGAGCCGCUGCUGUUUGAUGCUGAGGUGUGUCUCUUUGCUGCUGCAUGCCGCCAGAAGAUUUGCUGCAGCAGGUGA